UCAAAUGUAAUGUGUACUUAAUUCUGCAAGCACUAAGCAAUUAGCUACCAGACUAGACAUCCAUGGGAACGGGUUUCUAUUUUUACAGUGCUUGUUGUUUCCUCAUCAUCUUCUCAAAAGCUUCAACUGCAAUCGACACCAUUUCUCCAUCGGAGUCAAUCACUGAUGGCAUGACCUUAGUCUCCAAUGGUGGAAGCUUUGCUUUGGGUUUCUUCUCUCCUGGCAGCUCCAAGAACCGCUACCUUGGAAUCUGGUACAACAACAUCGCCAUAGAAACUGUUGUCUGGGUUGCAAACAGGAUAAACCCAAUAAACGAUACCACUGGACUGUUGAAGAUAGAAAUUAGUGGUAAAGUUGUGCUUCAAGUUCAGAACACAACAGCUAUUUGGUCGAGUAAUACAACAGCAAGUGUUGAGAAUCCGGUGUUGCAGCUCCUGGAUUCUGGUAAUCUUGUUGUCAGAGAUGGAAACGAUAGCAAUCCAGAGAGUUACUUAUGGCAAAGCUUUGAUUAUCCAACGGAUACAUCGUUGCCAGGGAUGAAAAUUGGCGUUGAUUUAAGAACUGGUCUGGAUCGAAGACUCACAGCCUGGAAGAACUGGGAUGAUCCAUCUCCUGGUGAUCUUUCUUAUGGUAUAGAACUUGAAGGAAGCCCAGAAUUAGUGCUAUGGAAAGGCUUGGAAAAGUACUCUCUGAGUGGGAUAUGGAAUGGCAAUGGAUUUAGUGGGGCUCCGAAUUUGAGAUCGAGUCCGAUAUUUGGUUACGACUUUGUGUGGAAUGAAAAUGAGGUUUACUACAUAUAUUUCCUCAAGAACAAAUCAUUGAUUUCAAGGGCUGUUUUGAACCAAACUGAAAGUGCAAGAGAAAGGUACACAUGGAACCAAGAGACUCAAGCCUGGCAGUUAUCUCUAAUCAUGCCAAAUGGGUACUGUGACAUAUAUGGACGUUGUGGUCCAAAUGGGAACUGUGAUAGCAACAAGCUUCCUGCUUGUCAAUGUUUGACAGGGUUCAGUCCGAAAUGGCCUGAAAGAUGGAACUCAUCAGAUUAUGCCGGAGGGUGUAGACAUAUUAAGCCAUUGAACUGCCAGAAAGGAGAUGGUUUUAUCAGAAUUGGCAACGUGAAAACCCCAGACACCACAAAUUCUUGGGUUAAUAAAACUAUGAAUCUCAAGGAAUGUAGGGAUAAGUGCUUGAGGAACUGUUCUUGCAUGGCCUACACUAAUUUAGAUGUUCCAACAGGUAGUGGCUGCGCCAUGUGGUUUGGUGAUCUGAUUGAUAUCAAACAAUUGCUCUCAGAGGGUCAGGAUCUUUACAUCAGAGUGUCUGCUUCAGAAUCAGAACUGAAGAAAAGGGAUAAGGUGAAGCUUGCCAUCAUACUUGCAACUGUAAUUGCUGCCCUUUUGGGGUUCCUUUUAGUCGUUUGUUAUAUUCACAGACGUAGGAGAAAGUUAAAAGAUGAAGUUGAAGACAAUAAUCAAAAUGAUAAAGAGAACAAAAACGAGAAUGAAGACAUGGAGCUUGCAGUAUUUGGGUUUGGUACAAUAGCUCAAGCUACUGAUUGUUUUUCAUUUCAUAACAAGUUAGGUGAAGGAGGUUUUGGCCCUGUUUUUAAGGGGACACUAGCAAAUGGACAGGAAAUUGCAGUGAAGAGACUUUCAAAGAGUUCUGGACAAGGAUUGAACGAGUUCAAGAAUGAAGUAAAGUUGAUUGCCAAACUUCAGCAUCGGAAUCUUGUAAGGCUUCUUGGAUGCUGCGCUCAAAGAGAUGAGAGAAUGCUGGUUUACGAAUACAUGCCUAAUAGAAGCCUUGACUCUUUCAUUUUUGAUCAAUCGAGACGUGAAGUAUUAAACUGGUCCAUGCGUUUCCGAAUUAUAUGCGGGAUUGCCAGGGGACUACUCUACCUUCAUCAAGACUCGAGAUUGAGGAUUAUUCAUAGAGACUUAAAAGCUAGUAAUGUUUUACUUGACAGCGAGAUGAACCCGAAAAUUUCAGAUUUUGGCUUGGCAAAAACUUUUGGAGGAGACCAAACAGAAGCCAAUACAAAUAGAGUAGUUGGAACUUAUGGUUAUAUGGCACCAGAAUACGCUACUGAUGGGCUGUUUUCAGUAAAAUCAGAUGUUUUUAGCUUUGGGAUUUUAUUGUUGGAGGUUAUAAGUGGAAGAAAGAAUAGAGGUUUUUACCAUGCAAAUGAAAGUGGCAACCUUAUUGAACAUGCUUGGAGAUUAUGGAAGGAAGGCAAGCCUUUAUAUGUUGCUGAUGAUUUCUUAGUAGAGACUGGCGAUCAAUCCGAGAUGUUACAGUGCAUCCACAUUAGCCUUUUAUGUGUACAGCUGCAUCCUGAAGAUAGACCGAGUAUGUCAUCCGUGGUUCAUAUGUUGGGAAGUCAUAAUGAAUUGCCUUCGCCUAAGCAACCUGGUUUCCUGUUUAACAAGAAACCUUUGGAAGCAGUUUCUUCUCCCGACAUCAAUGGGACGUCCUCAAGAAACGAAAUAAGUCUAUCAUUGUUCGAGGCUCGGUAA